AUGAAGCAUUUAAUCGUUGCCGGUGUUAUUGCUGUCACCACAUCGACUAUCGUAACAUCACCAACUGCCGCAGCCACCGUUGCUGUAGCAUCUCCAACAGCAACUGUCGCUAGGACUGAAAAUCUUGACUCUCAGCCACGAUACAGCUUCAGUUACAGCGUCGCUGAUGGAUUAACUGGGGAUAACAAGGCUCAAGAAGAGACCCGCUAUGGUGAUGUGGUCCAGGGUAGAUACAGCCUCAUUGAGCCUGACGGCACCAGACGCACAGUGUCUUACGCUGCCGAUCCAGUCAAUGGCUUUAAUGCAGUUGUACAAAGAAAUCCACGUCUGAAUAUCGACGCUGAAGUC